AUGGCAUCAAAAUUGGGAGCCCUUUUGUUCUCUUCAUUGUUAGGUCUUCUUGUUGUGGUGGGUGCUCACCAUUAUGACCAAAAAAGCAAGAAAAUGACUUAUUUUGACAAGAACAAAAUUUAUCACGUACAUAGAUCAAAGACGUUGCAUACACCUAGAAUUAAACCUACUCACACCAAGCCACCCAAACAUAACACCUACUCCAAUGCUGGCCCUUGGAAGGAUGCUCAUGCCACCUUCUAUGAUGGACAUGAUAUUUAUUCAGGGGGAGCUUGUGGUUAUGGUGACCUAAGACAACAAGGCUAUGGCAUGAAUACGGCCGCCUUGAGCACGGCUUUGUUCAACCAAGGAGCCGCCUGCGGUGCUUGUUUUGAGAUCAAAUGCGUCAAUGAUCCAGAAUGGUGCAACCCCGGAGCGCAACGGCUCAUUGUUACGGCCACCAACUUCUGCCCACCAAAUUUCUAUCAGUCAGCUGACGCUGGAGGAUGGUGCAAUCCACCCCGUGAACAUUUUGACCUGGCACAACCUGCAUUCCUUCAAAUUGCCAAAUAUCAGGCUGGCAUUAUCCCAAUUCAAUAUAGAAGGGUUCCAUGCGAAAAGCAAGGAGGAAUUAGAUUCACAGUAUCUGGAAAUCCUUAUUUCGACUUGGUGAUGGUAUGGAACGUUGGAGGGGACGGAGCCGUCACAGCUGUUGAAGUAAAGGGUGACAAGCCAAAUUGGUUCCCAAUGAAGAGAAACUGGGGACAGUUGUGGGAGACCCAUGAAAUGUUGUGCGGACAAUCUUUGAGCUUUAAGGUCACAACCAGUGAUGGCAAAUGUGUUACUAAUAUGGAUGUACUCCCCAAGGACUGGCAAUAUGGUCCGACAUACGAAGGCCACAACUUCUAUUGA